AUGGGAGGGCCAAUUGCCUCUCUUCACCCGCUUGAUCGCGCCGAUGGCUCAGCGUCAUAUAAAUGCCCUUCGACAGGCUCUAACAUCCUUGGCUCAGUUAAUGCACCUGUCGAACUCCCCGGACGCCGAGAUGCUUUGAAGCCCGAAGAGGCCACCGUUGAAGUCUUCGUGAAACCAGGGACUGCCCCUGGCGGCGUCGGCGAGCGAUAUGUGGAGGGCAUUAUCAGAAGCGCUUUGGGCCGAUUGAUCCUAGGGCGAGAAAAGGGAUACCCAAGACGAGGUGUUGUUGUCACAUUGGCUAUAGUUGGUGGGGAAUUUGUGGGAAGAGGAGGAUCGUAUCUUCCGUUGCUCCCUGCACUCCUCCAUACUGCCACUCUUGCAAUGUUGUCGGCUUCUGUCCCUUUUUCGAUGACACUGUCUGCCACUGUUCUCGCCGUGAAUUCGUCUCAUGAGAUCGUUCGCGAACCCUCAAUUAAAGACACAGCGAGCUCUACUUCUCUUCACGUCCUAGCAUUUACAUCUAAAGGCCAUCUGCUACUGAACGAGAGCGAGGGGAAGUUUGAUUUUGAUACCUGGGAGGAGGUUUACGAGCGCGCACUGGUGAUAUGCCAUGGGGCGUCAGCGGCCGGUUCUGACGGUGAUGUCGCGAUGGCCGAGAACGAGGAUAGUCAGCCGCUCGAGGGACUAUUACGGGACACGGUCCAGGAUCAGAUUCAUUCAGACUACGCCUGGAAGAUUGACGCUGCUUGA